GUUGCUGCGGCAGUGCCCCGCCCCUGCACUCUGGACCUGGGCCCGCGGUGGCCGCCCAGCUGCUUCUAGGGCCAAAUGGCUGAAGGAGAUCCAGGGACCGACCAGAGGCAGAAUGAGGAAAUUGAAGCAAUGGCAGCUAUAUAUGGCGAUGAAUGGUGUGUCGUUGAUGACUGUGCCAAAAUAUUUUGUAUUAGAGUUAAUGACACUGCAAAAAAUCCCAAAUGGACACUUUGCUUGCAGGUGCUGCUACCGAAUGAAUACCCAAGUACAGCUCCACCCAUUUAUCAACUGAAUGCUCCUUGGCUUAGAGGGCAAGAACGUAUGGAUUUAUCCAACAGUCUGGAAGAAAUAUAUAUACAGAACAUUGGUGAAAGUAUUCUUUACCUGUGGGUGGAGAAAGUAAGAGAAUUCCUGAUACAAAAAUCUCAGAUGGCAGAGCCAGAACCAGAAACAACGAAGAAAACUGAAGAGGAAGACGUUGAAUGUGAAGAAGAUCUCGCUUUAGCAUGUGAUUCAGAAAGUCCAGUUAAAGCAUUGGAAACUGAUAUCAGUGAAAAUAAAACAGAAACAGAAGAAUUACCUCCGAUUGAUCAUGGCAUUCCCAUUACAGACCGACGAAGUACUUUUCAGGCACACCUGGCUCCAGUAGUUUGUCUCCAGCAGGUAAAGUUCGUCAGGGCUAAAUUAUUUGAAGUGGGGGAAGUGUCAAAUUGCAACACUUCUGUGUGUAUUUCCAGAAUUUAUUGUGAGGAUAAACAGACCUUCUUACAGGACUGUGAAGAUGAUGGAGAGACAGCAGCUGGUGGGCGUCUUCUCCACCUCAUGGAGAUUUUGAACGUGAGGAAUGUCUUGGUGAUAGUAUCACGCUGGUACGGAGGUAUUCUGAUAGGACCAGAUCGCUUUAAGCAUAUCAACAACUGUGCCAGAAACAUACUCCUGGAGAAGAACUAUAUAACUUUACCGGAGGAAUCGUCUAAGGCUGUGGGAAAGAACAAAAAAGUGAAGAAAGACAAGAAGAGGAGUGAGCAUUAAUACCUGAAACUAUGGAAGGUUAAUUUGCCUGUAAUCACAUUGAAAUUAUACAAUCAUCAGGCAAUAUAUUGUGCAGAGAGAGCAUCGCUGACUGCUCAAGUCAGCCAAUUCAUUGUGGACACCAGCAUUAUCUUUGCUUCUUUGGUUAUAUCAUCUGCCAAAAAUAGAGAGCUUAUGAUAUAUCCAUGUGUGUUUCAGGCUUAUUCGGAAGAAUUACUUUGAACUUAAUCACCACUUCGUCUAAUUUUAGGAAGGUAACAGUUGCCUGGGGCAGUACCUGAAUUAACUGCCCAUUUCAGUUACAUGACAAGUACCUUUGUUAGGUGGGGAAGAAAUUUCUCUAGAGGUAUAUAAAUACCUUACUUCUUGUCAUUGGAAUUCUCAUUCCAUUAAAUGAAUAUUUCCUUUUACUGCUCUUCAUACCUUAUUGGAAUAGGAGCUCACUCAAAAUUGAUCUUGGAGAGUUUCUACUUGUGAUUUUCAUUCAUAAGUAUGUCACCUUUCAUUCUAUAGUGUUCAUCAUCAAGUAAUGAAUUAAGUGAAAAUCCAGGAGUCUCCAUCUGCAGACAUGUGCUUAGGUGGUAAUUCUCCUAACAUAUUUGUUAGCAUAAAUGUUAUGCCUCAAUUUCUGUAGCAAAUUGGUGAUUGUGAAAUUUUAAAAAGUGAUAUUCUAGUCUCUACCUGCUUUAAGUUAAUUCUUGUAAAGUAAUAAAUAUGGGGUGUCAGUAGGCUCCUCCCACCCCAGAAAUGUGCUAGUGUAACAUUCCGAUUUUUUUUAAUAACGUGUCAGUACCUUUUUUGUGCUCUUCAUUGAGGAAUUGGAACUAUGCUAGAAGCUAUGCCAUGGCUAAUGGGACAUUUAUAGAAUGAUAUAGAGGGUGGCAGAAUAAUACUGAUAUAGAGCAAAAGUAUAUUGUAUAGUUAAAUAAAUUUGAUGCACACUGCCAUUCCUACUCCAGACAUCUUUGUCAAUUCCAUGAUUUUUGUGGAGAGAAGGAACAAACCUUUUGAUUGAACAACAGAGAAGAUCUCUCUCUAUUUUUCCAAUCUGAUCAAAUCUUCCUUUUCAUAAAUGUUUUGUUUCUUUCAUCUGCAGAUUGUUCAGUUUACCUCUAGGCAUUUAGAUAAUAAAUUUACCUUUGAGAUAUAAUAAUAAGUAAUUUACUAUUUUCUUUGAGAUAUGAUUGCAAGCAAUUGUUAAAGAAUAUUAAUUGAUCACAAAUUUGCCUGGGAUUCCCUUUCCCAAAGGAGGGAACAGAAAUUAGGAGGCCUCUUUGGGAUGGCACUAGAGCAUGAAAGGCAUCAGAGAAAAUAUGUAGGCAGAUUUUUUUUUUUCCUUUCCUUUUCUCUGAGGUUUUACCUUUAAAAGAGCCAACAUCCUUACUUGGUAUUUUUAAUAGAAAUCUAAUACAUAGCCUUAUACUAGCAUGGAGUCUUGAGAAAUUAUGUUUGUUAUAAGUGUAUUUAAUGUUGUCAGUUACCGAGAGUCAUCAGAGGAUGACCCAUAUUACCUCAGCUUCCAUAAAGUUAAAUAUGUCCUAUGUACUAACUGUUAAAGUGAUUAAAGAAAUUAGAGACUAUUAAUUAAUGUUAACACAAUUUUACACUUUUGGCAUGUGAAACCUGUGAAAGGAGAUAUAAAACAACAAGAAUUUGGUGCUGCAGAAAAAUAAAUGUGAGUUAAUUUUUUGCAGUAUCAAAUUAGAAUUUCUUUCCUGCUGUUUUAAUCUAAUAUUUAUUUAGGUCUUUACAGAAAACAAAGUACCCUUUAAGUCUAUAUUCUAAUUUCCACUUAUUUUUAAAAAGUCUUAAUUUUGUGUGUUUAUACAGAAUUAUUAACCGUAUUUUACCGACUAAAAAUCUUAUCUCCUUU